AUGGAGAUAAAGAAUCACUCUUUGAUUACAGAGUUCAUCCUGUUGGGCAUUCCACACACAGAGGGUCAGGAAACUCUGCUCUUUGUGGUCUUCUUGAUCUUCUACCUCUGCACUCUACUAGGAAAUUUACUCAUCCUUUUAGCUGUAAUGUCUGAGUCUCGCCUCCACACUCCCAUGUACUUCUUUCUUUGUAACCUCUCUGUGUUAGACAUUGGUUUCUCUUCUGUGAGUACCCCAAAGAUGUUGGCCAACCUGAUGAUGAGGAACCAAGUCAUCUCCUUUGGUGGGUGCAUGUCCCAAGUCUUUUUUUACCACUUCUUAGGCAGCGCUGAAUGCUGGCUCUACACAGUAAUGGCUUAUGACCGAUUUGCUGCCAUCUGCCACCCACUGCGUUACACCAUCAUCAUGAACUGCCGAGUGUGUGCCCUGCUGGCUGCUGGCACCUGGUCCACUAGCUUUUUUCAUGCCACAGUUCUUACUACACUGACUUUCCAAAUACCAUAUUGUGGGUCUAAUGAGGUAAACUAUUUCUUUUGUGACAUCUUUCCUGUAGUCAAGUUGGCCUGUGGUAACAUCUUCAUCAUUGAGACAGUGAGCUUCACCAACAUUGGCCUUGUACCCAUGAUAUGUUUUCUCCUCAUCCUUGCCUCCUACAUCUGCAUCGUCCUUGCAAUUCUCCAGAUGCGGUCUGCUGAAGGGAGGCGCAAGGCAGCAUCUACCUGUGUUUCCCACCUCUCUGUGGUCACACUGUUUUUUGGGCCCUGUGCCCUCAUCUAUACCCAGCCAUCUUUGAGUGAGAUGCUGGUAACCCCAGUGCAAAUCUUUGGCAACGUGGUCACCCCCAUGUUAAACCCCACAAUCUACACUCUGAGAAACAAAGAUGUCAAAGGAGCCCUGAAGAAACUUGCUGGGGGCCAGAUUGUUUCAUCAGGAGGUAACUAG